AUGACGUCUCACGGUCUGAGGUCCACCUCAAGGUUCAAUAUACUUCUUUAUCGCCACGUAUACGGAACAGCAUUCCGACACGUGCGAUUUAAUCUGACGUUUGAUGCAUAUCAUAUCUGUCUGGCCACUCGAGAGACUCAUGGCAAUGUGUAUCCUAAGAAGUACGUGCAGGCAAAAGCAAUGGAGGAAGAGUACAGUCGAUUGGCAGAAACUAUCCGCAAACAAGCUAAUGCUCAUCCCAAAUCACGCUACCUGGUUGCCAUCGCAGGCAUCCCUGGCUCAGGGAAGACUACUAUAGCUCAAGAAGUGGUCUAUCAGCUGAAUCAAGUAACCCCAAAGGCAGUAAUUCUCUCCAUGGAUGGCUUUCAUCUAUCUAGAGCAGCUUUGGACCAGCUUCCUGACCCCAAGGAGGCGCACAUUCGUCGAGGCGCCCCUUGGACAUUCGAUGUCAACCGCUUUGUGUGCUUCGUCCGUCAACUUCGCACCUGGGCAGAUGAUACCCCCCUGGCAUGUCCAGGCUCGGAAACCUGGUCUGAUAUAGAUAUUCUCCGCGCGCCAACAUUCGAUCACGAGGCGAAAGAUCCGGUGGAGAAUGGCAUUUCCGUCACCCCGGAUGCUUCGAUUAUCAUACUUGAGGGCAACUACCUACUUCUCAAUGAGCCCGGUUGGCAAGAAAUUGCAGAGUUGGCCGACUAUCAUGUCUUCGUUGACACGGAUCCCCAAGAAGCACGGGGGCGAUUGGCUCGGCGCCACUUGCGGGCAGGCAUCGAGAAGACGUUGGAAGAAGGAUAUCGCCGUGUGGAUAGUAAUGAUUUCUUGAAUGCUAUCUUGAUUCGGGAAAAGCUUUUGACGCCAGACAUGGUUUUGACAAGCGUGGCAGUAGAUAGUGACACAUAA